AUGUGCGCGUUUUUGAACCCACCCCUUACAUUUUGCGACUUUCUAAAUUUAGAACCCGCGUCCGAUAGAGCAGUUUCUGAAGGGUCGACUUCCAUUCCCGAGGAACUGGCACUAACUAAUGGACUGCUGUCUGAAUCAGCCCGCAAACUCCGUCGCCUGUACAACGCGCAAUAUCGACGAUUGGGUGAUUAUUCACCCCAGUCACUAAAUGGAGAGUACUCCCUUCGACCCAGUCAGGUGGAAUUACAGUCUGCGUACAGUCUGGUUAACGAUCUCGUCAGCUUGGUGGCUACUGUACCUCCCGGAGCCGUGGUUUCGCGCCAGGCCAUUCGUCAACAACUGGGCAUUUGCGAUCUCCCUCUUGCAGAAGUUGAUGUGCAGAAUCCUAAUGAAGCAGUGUCCGCCACCUAA